AUGCCUCCAUUUGGCAAUUCGCAUAACUUGAGCACAUCUGUUACUACAAAGUUUAUUCAUCUGUCAGCCAACAAAGUGAAAUGUCCCAUUAAUGCAGUUUGUUGGACUCCUGAAGGUCGCCGUUUGAUUACUGGAGCUUCAUCUGGAGAAUUUACCAUGUGGAACGGUCUUACAUUUAAUUUUGAAACCAUUUUACAGGCACACGACUCGGCAGUUCGAGCAUUAAAAUGGUCACAUAGUGAUACCUGGAUGAUAUCUGCUGAUGAUAGCGGCAUUAUAAAGUACUGGCAAUCCAGCAUGAAUAACCUCAAAAUGUUUCAAGGACACAAGGAAACCGUUCGAGAUCUAACAUUUUCUCCUACUGAUUCUAAAUUUGCAUCCUGUUCUGAUGAUGGAACCAUUAAAAUUUGGUCGUUUGCAGAUGCUGUUGUUGAGCGGACACUUACAGGUCACGGCUGGGAUGUCAAGUGCUUGGAUUGGCAUCCAACCAAGGGAAUUCUUGCAUCAGGAUCAAAGGAUAACCUUGCAAAAUUGUGGGAUCCAAGAACUGGAAAAUCUCUUUCUACUUUACAUGGACACAAGAACACUAUUAUGCAAGUACAAUGGAACAAGAAUGGAAACUGGCUACUGACUGCAUGUCGCGAUCAGCUUGCACGGGUGUAUGAUAUUCGCACAAUGAAGGAGUUGCAGAUAUUUAAAGGGCAUAAGCGAGAAGUUCAAUCUAUUCGAUGGCAUCCAGUACAUGAAAACAUGUUUGUUAGCGGUGGUUGGGAAGGCAGUAUGAUUUUCUGGGAAGUAGGAUCUGAUACACCAUUAGCUACAAUGGAACAUGCGCAUGACAAUUCAGUGUAUUCACUGGACUGGCACCCGCUUGGUCAUAUGCUAGUAUCUGGGUCAAACGAUCAUACCACUCGUUGGUGGACACGAAACCGUCCUGGGGAUGCUAUGUAUGAUCGAUACAAUGUACCCAAAAGUGAUCAGGCCGAAGGAGUAACUCAUCGUGGAGGAGAGGACAAUGAUUUGCGACGAGUUCCAGGAUCUUGUAUGUAUCACUUGUUCCUAUUGCUCAAUAUCAAGCAGUUGAUUCAUAUAAUAGCAUGCUAA